AUGACCGGCAACAAAAAUGUGUUGGUGAACUAUAAAGAAGGAAAGGAGGGAGCUGUGACCUUUGGUGAUGGGAACAAGGGUCAGAACUUUGGAAAAGGUGACCUGGUGCUAAAUGGAGUAGCUCCAUUGACUGUGGUGUUGUAUCUAACUGAUGGAAUAUUUUUUGCACAUAUAUAUGUGAAUGACAUAAUUUUUGGGUCAACUUGUGAGAGUGAGGUUACUAGGUUUGUGGAACUUAUGCAAAGUGAGUUUGAGAUGAGUCUAAUAGGAGAUCUAUCAUAUUUUCUUGGACUUCAGAUUAAGCAAUCAGAACAAGGAAUGUUUAUUUCUCAGUCCAAGUAUACUAAGUCCAUGUUAGAAAAAAUUGGUUUCACUCAAGUCAAACAUGCACAUACUCCCACCACCUCUAAACUAAAUAAAGAUGAAUCUGGUGACCCCGUAGAUCCAACCCUGUACCAUAGCAUGAUAGGAAGCUUGUUGUAUCUCACAGCUAGUCGUCCUAAUAUUUCCUUUAGUGUUGGUCUGUGUGCCCGUUAUCAAGCCAAUGCUAAGCAGUCUCAUCUUACUGCUGUCAAACGUAUUUUUGAAUAUCUUGCAGGGACUGUGGAAUUUGGCUUAUGGUAUUCAUGUGAUACAUAUAUGUCCUUGGUGGGGUAUAGUGAUUCUGAUUGGGCAGGAUCUCUAGAUGAUAGGAAAAGUACUUCUGGGGUUUGUUUCUAUAUAGGGAAUAAUUUGGUCUCUUGGAUUAGCAAGAAACAACAUUCUAUUUCACUCUCCACUGCUGAGGCAGAGUAUAUUGCUGUUGGCAGCUGCUAUACUCAGCUCAUCUGGCUCAAUAAGAUGCUCACUGAUUAUGGCUAUCCCCAAAAGUCAUUUACCCUCUUCUGUGAUAACACAAGCACCAUUAAUAUUUCAAAAAACCCAGUUCAACAUUCAAGGACCAAACACAUUGACAUGCGUUAUCAGUUCAUUAGGAACAUGGUUGAGUCUAAAAUGCUAACAAUUUCUCAUAUUUCCACUAAUGCUCAGUUAGCAGAUCUGUUUACAAAAGCUCUUGAUGCUCAAACAUAUGCACAUUUAUGA